GCUCUCGAACUCUUUGGGUUAGAGAGAGAAACAGAAGCACAAAUGCCCUGAUUCAACAACGUGUCUGUUAUAGUUGCCUCUGUUCAUAUUCAGUUAGCCCUCUUUUCCCCUUCAUCGAUUUCAAAGCCUUCAAAUUUUGCAGAGAAAGUGAGAGUGAAAUGGCAAGCUCAGUGGAGAAGGAGGGUGAGGAGGUUGUGUCCUUAGAACUACCAGCUCCUUCGGGUUGGGUUAAGAAGUUUCUGCCCAAGCAAAGUGGAACUCCUAAGAAAAAUGAGAUCGUAUUUACAGCUCCAACGGGAGAGGAGAUCACCAACAAAAGACAGUUGGAACAGUACCUGAAAGCACACCCUGGGGGUCCUGCAGUAUCAGAAUUUGAUUGGAGCACUGGUGAGACACCAAGGAGAUCAGCAAGGAUUAGUGAGAAGGCCAAAGCAACUCCACCACCGGAAGGUGAGCCCCCAAAGAAGCGAAGCAGAAAAUCAACUUCGGCGAAGAAGGACAGCAAAGAAAAGCAAGCUGGUCCUGAAGGAGCUGAGGAGACAAAAAUUAGUGAUGUGCAAGCUGCUGAAAAAGCUGGGAAGGUUGAAGAUACUGAGAUGGAAAAGGAUGAUGUGAAGGAAAACCAAGAUGAGGAAAAAGCACCAGUUGCAGAUACCAAGACAGAAGUAGCUCAACCUGAAGAAACAAAAGUUGAACAAGAAGCUAACGUACCUGGCGAUGCUGAAGAGUGCAAGAAAACUAGCGAAGCAGAUCCAGAAGAUUCAAAAGCAUCCAUUGAUGGGACGGAAGUUGAAGGUUCUGGUUUUGGAAAACAAACCGAAAAAGAAAAUGCAGAAGGGGAAAAAGUAGAAGAGAAGGGCGAGCAACCACAGGUUGAGGUAGGGAAAGAGGAAGAGACAGGGGAUCAGGGCAAAGCCGAAAUUGCUAUUGUUGUUGAGGACAAACAUGAAGUAGAAGGAGAAGAAAAAGAGAAACAUAAUGAAGUUGCUAUUGAAACUGAAGUAGAAAUCGAGGAGAAAGAAGCAGCAAAAGGGAACACUGAGGGAAAAAAUAGUUCAGGUGUUCGUGAAGCGGGCAAGAAGGUUGAAGGAGAAGUGAUUGAGAAUGGCGGCCCAGGCAAUGAAGCUUGAUGGUUUGCUGAAUGGCACCGGUUUCUCGUCCAGCAUUCUGACCCUUUCACAUUUCUGAGAAAAUCAUUAGUUUCAGUGUUGUUAAUUUUAGCUAUCUGAUUGUUCAUUGAAGCAUCCGUCUAUAGGAUCAUUAGAUUAGGCCUAUAAUGUACCAUCCUUUUGUUGUACUAGAGAGAAUGUAGCUGUCAGUGACCUCUGUAACAUUAUGUUGUAAAAUACUGGUGAUGUAAUACUAUUAUGCAGCCCUGUAUUAUUGUAGUGAUGUUAAGAACUCGUUUCACUUUUGAAGCUCAUGCUUGAGAUGACC